AUGAGUGUGAUAUUACAGACGUCCAAAGGUAAUUUGGUUAUCGACUUGUUCACAAAGCAAGCUCCAACAGAAUCCAAAAAUUUCAUCAAGUUAUGUAAAGCUAAAUACUACAACUUUGCACCAUUCUACAAUAUCCAAAAAGACUUUAUAGUGGAAUUGGGGGAUCCUCUGUAUCCAAUAAAUAAAACAGGCUGUUCAGCUUGGGGUCUAUCUGAUCCAUCCAGAGGUAAAUCGUUCAAAACUUCACAAAAUAAACUACCCAAGAAUAGAAUUGGUGCGGUUUCAUUAAUCACACAAUCUGAUAAUACCGAUCCUGAUGAGAGAUUUGCCACAUCUAUAUUCACAAUAACUUUGAAAGACAUUGAGGAUAGAAAUGUUUUGAAAAAUAAUGUUGUAUUUGGCCAGGUUACUGAAGGGUUUGAAAUUUUAGAAGCAAUAAAUAAUGCAUAUUUGGAUGAUGAUCAUUCCCCAUUACAAGAUAUAAGAGUCCAUCAUACAUACAUCCUUGAAGAUCCAUUUGAUGAUAUUGAAGGAUUGGCUAUACCACCGCAAAGUCCCGAGCCAACAGCUGAACAAUUGUCUACUGUUAAAUUGGCAGACAUUGAAGAUAUUGAUUUAGAUGAAGAAGAAGAACUAACAGAGGAACGAUUCAAAGAGAGACAAAACAGAGAAGCUGAUUCAAAGGCGUUAACUUUGGAAAUCAUCGGGGAUCUACCAUCUGCAGAAGUCAAACCUAUGGAAAAUGUGCUUUUCGUUUGUAAAUUAAAUCCAUUAACAAGAGAUGAAGACUUGGAGAUUAUAUUUUCAAGAUUUGGUAAAAUUAUAUCUUGUGAAGUUAUGAAAGAUAAAAGCACUGGUGACUCCUUACAGUAUGCAUUUAUUGAAUAUGAGGAAAAGAAGAGUUGUGAGGCUGCUUAUUUUAAAAUGGAUGGGGUUUUAAUUGAUGAUAGAAGAAUUCAUGUGGAUUUCAGUCAAAGUGUAUCCAGGCUCAGUGAAGCCUGGAGAAAUGAAACAAAUGCAAAGCGUGAAAAGAAACAUGGUGGAUCAACUUCUGACACAAGCCGCAAUUAUCGAGACCGCGAUUAUAACAGACAUGGUUCUUCAAGAGGUCCUUACAGAAGUGGCCAAUCAUCAGAAAGUCGACACGGUGAGAGAUACAAAAGUGGUGAAGAAAGAAGUAGAGAUGAAAGAUAUAGAAGUGGAAGACAUGGUGAUGGUAGUCGAAGAGACGAAAGAUAUAGAGAUGACAGGUACAAAAACGAUAGGGAGAGAGACCAUAGACACAGAUCUGAGAGACACAGAAGUGAAAGAGAAAGAGAUAGUUAUCACUCCAGCUCUCAUAGACAUGGUGGUCACCACAGAGAUCGUUAUUAG